GGUGCCCAGCAGUGGCCCAACCCGCCUCCAGCCCCACCCCCAGGGAUUUGGGGGGGGCCCAGCGAGGGGGCAGGGCUUUUCUGACCGCAGCCCCCCUUUCCCCAGAAUUCCCCUGCACAAGGGCAAGUCCAUCCGCCAGACCAUGAGGGAGAUGGCCGAUAGAGCCCAGGAGCUGCCCCUGGCCCAGGAGGCUGCCAUGAAGUACGCCCUGGGCUUUGCGCAGGGCCAGCCCACCCCCGAGGUGCUCAAGAACUACAUGGAUGCUCAGUACUUCGGAAGCAUCGGCAUCGGGACCCCUCCCCAGGAGUUCACUGUGGUCUUCGACACCGGCUCCUCCAACCUCUGGGUCCCGUCUACCCACUGCAGCUUAUGGGACGUGGCCUGCUGGUUACACCACAAAUACAACGCGGAUAAAUCCAGCACUUACGUGAAGAACGGAACCAGCUUCGCCAUCCACUACGGCUCGGGCAGCCUCUCGGGAUUCCUGAGUGAAGACACUGUCACAAUCCCUUUUAGCCCAGAGGGUUCGGGAGGCAAGGCCAUGGAGAUUGAGCAUCAGACCUUUGGGGAAGCUGUCAAACAGCCUGGCGUCACCUUCAUCGCCGCCAAGUUCGAUGGCAUCCUGGGCAUGGGGUUCCCGCGCAUCUCGGUGGACAGCGUCACACCAGUCUUUGACAACCUCAUGAACCAGAAGCUGGUGGAGAAGAACGUGUUUUCCUUCUAUCUGAACAGGUAG